GUUCUAAAUAGGAGAAAAAUGGCGGACAACGAUGUAAACUGUGAUUCCGAUGAGGUGCAAGAGAAGUCACAGAAAAAAGCAGCAAAAUAUGACAGCGGUGCAGCGGAUUUGGAGAAAGUCACGGAUUAUGCGGAGGAGAAAGAAAUAUCUUCCUCUGAUGGAUUCUCAUGCGCUUUAAGCUUAAUUGGAGACAGACGAAAUAAAGAGGCAGCAGAAAAGAAAGCGAGGGAAAAGGAAUUGCUAAAAGUUCCUAUUAAAAAGGAAGAUGUUGAUCUCAUUAUGAAGGAGGUGGAAAUUGGUCGGAAUCAAGCCGAACAAAUACUUAGGGAACACAAAGGGAAUGUUGUGGAGGCAUUAAUUAGAUUAACAAAUUGACUGUAUAGCACUAAUUUUAAAGAAACCGUUUACAUAAAUCUCAACUCAAUUCUUGUUGUAAAUUGUAUGGUCUUAAGAAUUGUUAUGGCUUUGGGUUAUUAGUAUUUAUUCGUAUAUAUAUUACAAAAUAUAUUCUAAGCGAUUCUGUACAUUUUGCUGUUAUUUUACCCC